AUGGUCGCUUCACAACUCACUGCGUCGGCCAAGGCCAUGCGCACCACCCCCGUGGCUGGCGCAGCGGCCGGCCCAUCCGAACCGCUCCCAGCUCUUCAAAACCGCGCUGCUUCUAGUCGGAGCCCGUACAUCAAAGAUCAGGCCAGCAGCUUAGUUGCGUGGCAGUUGUUGGACGACGAGACCGUAGAGCGCGCGAGGAAGGAGAAUAAGUUGAUCUUUCUCCAUAUUGGCUACAAGGCAUGCCACUUCUGCCGCCUCAUGCUGCUAGAGUCCUUCUCUAAUCCUGAUUGCGCCUCUGUCCUGAACGAGUUCUUCGUCCCCGUAAUCGUCGACCGAGAAGAGCGCCCAGACCUCGAUACCAUCUACAUGAACUAUGUUCAGGCUGUGAGCAAUGCUGGCGGCUGGCCCUUGAACUUGUUCCUCACGCCAAACCUGGAGCCUGUGUUUGGUGGUACUUACUGGCCUGGUCCUGCAGGGAGACGACAUACUACCGAUGACAGCGCCGACGAAGUUCUCGAUUUCCUCACCAUCGUGAAAAAGGUCCGAGAUAUUUGGAGCGACCAAGAAUCACGUUGCCGAAAGGAGGCAACCGAGGUUCUCGGACAGCUUCGGGAAUUCGCAGCUGAGGGUACCCUGGGCACUAGAAACAUCUCGGCAACCUCAGCUCUCGCGCCCUCGGGCUGGGGCGCACCAGCUCCUAGUCAUACGAGUGCCCCCAAGGACAAGGAUACUUCAGUGUCGGAAGAGUUGGACUUGGACCAGCUGGAGGAGGCUUAUACCCACAUUGCUGGAACCUUUGACCCUGUUUACGGAGGCUUCGGUCUUGCGCCCAAGUUCCUGACGCCCCCGAAGCUGGGUUUCCUGCUCGGACUUCUUAACUUUCCUCGAGAGGUGCAAGAUGUUGUUGGCGAGGCAGAGUGCAAACAUGCUACGGAAAUGGCUCUCGAUACUUUGCGCCACAUCCGCGACGGUGCGCUGCAUGAUCAUGUUGGAGGCACUGGCUUUUCGCGCUGCUCUGUGACCCCGGACUGGAGUAUUCCUAACUUUGAGAAGCUGGUGGUGGACAAUGCGCAGCUCCUUUCACUGUAUCUCGACGCAUGGAAAUCGACUGGAGGGGAUAAACCGACGGAGUUUUUCGACAUCGUUAUCGAACUCGCCGAGUAUCUUUCUUCUGCCCCGAUUGCGCUCCCCGAGGGAGGCUUUGCUUCCAGCGAAGCAGCCGAUUCUCACUACAGACGAGGCGAUAGGGAGAUGCGAGAAGGCGCUUACUAUGUGUGGACGAGACGAGAGUUCGAUUCGGUGCUUGACGAGGUCAACAAGCACAUGAGCCCCGUCCUAGCUGCUCAUUGGGCUGUCAACGAGGACGGAAACGUGGACGAGCACCACGAUCCCAACGAUGACUUUAUCAACCAGAACAUCCUCAGGAUUGAACGAAGUGUCCAGCAGCUUAGCGUACAGUUCAGCAUCCCCGAGGACAAGGUCCGACAAUAUGUCCAAGAAGGAAAAGUGGCACUCAAGCAAAGAAGGGACAAGGAACGAGUGCGACCAGACUUGGAUGACAAGGUGGUUGCUGGAUGGAACGGCUUGGUGAUAUCCGCGCUGGCCAAGACGGCCUUGGCAUUAAAGGGUCUGAGACCGGAACAGAGCUCCAAGUACCUGGCUGUGGCAGAGAAGGCGGUCAAGUUUAUUCAGGAGAAGCUCUGGGAUAGCGACCGCAAGGUUUUGUACAGGAUAUGGUCGGGCGAGAGGGAGACGCAAGCCUUUGCGGAUGAUUAUGCCUACUUGACACAGGGCCUCCUGGACCUCUUUGAUGCGACAGGGAACGAGGCGUACUUGGUGUUUGCUGAUACUCUACAGCCAUCCAGCCCACACACUAUUCUCCGCCUCAAGGACGGCAUGGAUACAUCCGUCCCGUCGACCAACGCCAUCAGUGUGUCCAACCUCUUCCGCAUCGCAGAUCUGCUGGCAGACGAUAAGCUCGCUGUCAACGCACGACAGACCAUCAACGCCUUUGAGGCCGAGAUGCUACAGCAUCCCUGGCUCUUCCCGGGUUUGCUCGCGGGCGUCGUGACGGCGAGGUUGGGGAGCCAGCGAAGGAACGUGAAUGUCAACUACCAGCCCGAGAGACUUUCAGCAUGA